AUGUGGCCAGGGGGAAAUUGUUCAUUUUAAUGGAAGCCAGGUUAUCCGCCCUCUAUAAGCUGGAGAGUGACUAUGAGAUCCUUGAAAGAUUUCCUGGCGCCGCUCUCAAAGGCAAGAAAUACAAGCCGUUGUUCGACUACUUUAUUAAGUGUAAGGAGAAUGGUGCCUUCACCGUGCUUGUUGACCACUAUGUGAAGGAUGAAGAAGGCACAGGAGUUGUGCACCAGGCUCCUUAUUUUGGUGCUGAUGACCAUCGGGUCUGCAUGGACUUCAACAUUAUUCAGAAAGACUCAACCCCUGUUUGCCCUGUGGAUGCUUCAGGCUGCUUCACAGAGGAAGUGACACAUUUUGUGGGACAGUAUGUGAAGGAUGCUGACAAAAACAUCAUUAGGAUGUUGAAGGAGCAGGGCCGCCUGCUUGUUGCGAGCACCUUCACGCACAGCUACCCUUUCUGCUGGAGGUCGGACACCCCGCUCAUUUACAAGUCAGUGCCUAGCUGGUUUGUGCGCGUGGAGCACAUGGUGGAGCAGCUACUGAAGAACAAUGAUCUGUGCUACUGGGUCCCAGAGUUUGUACGAGAAAAACGGUUUGGAAAUUGGCUGAAGGAGGCACGUGACUGGGCAGUUUCCAGAAACAGAUACUGGGGCACCCCCAUUCCGCUGUGGGUCAGUGAAGACUUUGAGGAGGUAGUUUGCAUUGGAUCAGUGGCAGAACUUGAAGAAUUGUCUGGAACGAAAAUCUCAGAUCUCCACAGAGAGAGCAUUGACCACUUGACCAUCCCAUCCCGCUGCGGGAAAGGACUGUUGCGGCGCGUCUCUGAGGUGUUUGACUGCUGGUUCGAGAGUGGAAGUAUGCCCUAUGCCCAGGUUCACUACCCGUUUGAGAACAAGCGAGAGUUUGAGGACGCUUUUCCUGCAGACUUCAUUGCUGAAGGCAUUGAUCAGACCCGGGGGUGGUUUUACACCCUGCUAGUGCUAGCCACAGCCCUCUUUGGACAACCACCGUUCAAGAAUGUGAUUGUGAAUGGACUCAUCUUGGCAAGUGAUGGCCAAAAAAUGAGCAAACGGAAAAAGAACUACCCAGAUCCAGUUUCUAUCAUCAAUAAAUAUGGUGCCGAUGCCCUCAGGUUAUACCUGAUCAAUUCCCCCGUGGUGAGAGCAGAAAACCUCCGCUUCAAAGAGGAAGGUGUGCGGGACGUCCUGAAGGACGUGCUGCUCCCGUGGUACAAUGCAUACCGCUUCUUCAUCCAGAAUGUCUUUAGGCUGCAGAAGGAAGAGGAAGUGGAAUUCCUGUACAACGAGCACACAGUCAGAGAGAGCCCGAACAUCACUGACCGCUGGAUUCUGUCCUUCAUGCAGUCACUUGUUGGCUUCUUUGAGACAGAAAUGGCAGCUUACAGGCUAUAUACCGUGGUCCCUCGCCUGGUCAAGUUCGUAGAUAUUCUGACCAAUUGGUAUGUCCGAAUGAACCGGAGAAGAUUAAAGGGUGAGAAUGGGAUGGAAGACUGUGUUAUGGCCCUGGAGACCUUGUUCAGCGUCCUGCUUUCCCUGUGCAGACUGAUGGCCCCUUACACACCGUUUCUUACUGAGUUGAUGUACCAGAAUCUAAAGAUGCUGAUUGACCCUGUUUCUGUGCGGGACAAGGAUACACUCAGCAUCCACUACCUCAUGCUGCCACGUGUUCGAGAGGAGCUGAUUGACAAGAAAACCGAGAAUGCAGUGUCAAGAAUGCAGUCUGUGAUUGAACUUGGAAGAGUGAUAAGAGACCGGAAAACUAUUCCAAUAAAGUACCCUUUGAAGGAAAUUGUGGUUAUCCACCAAGACCCAGAAGCUCUUGAGGAUAUCAGGUCCUUGGAGAAGUAUAUCAUUGAGGAAUUAAAUGUUCGAAAAGUUACAUUGUCUACUGAUAAAAACAAGUAUGGUAUUCGACUAAGGGCAGAACCAGAUCACAUGGUCCUUGGAAAGCGUCUGAAGGGAGCCUUUAAGUCAGUGAUGAUGGCCAUCAAGCAGCUCAGCAGUGAGGAGUUGGAGCAGUUCCAGAAGAGCGGGAGCAUUGUUGUGGAAGGCCAUGAAUUGCAUGAAGAAGACAUCCGCCUCAUGUAUACCUUUGACCAGGCCACGGGAGGGACGGCACAGUUCGAAGCACACUCUGACGCUCAGGCUUUAGUUCUCUUGGAUGUCACACCUGACCAAUCGAUGGUGGAUGAAGGCAUGGCCCGGGAAGUCAUCAAUCGCAUCCAGAAACUUCGCAAGAAGUGCAAUCUGGUUCCAACUGAUGAAAUAACAGUUUAUUAUAAAGCAAAAUCUGAAGGCCAAUACUUGAAUAAUGUCAUUGAAAGCCACACUGACUUCAUAUUUGCCACUAUCAAAGCUCCCUUGAAGCCAUAUCCAGUUGCUACAUCAGAUAAUGUCCUUAUUCAAGAACAAACACAGUUAAAGGGGUCCGAGCUGGAAAUCACACUCACCAGGGGAUCAUGUGUGCCUGGUCCUGCCUGUGCUUAUGUGAACCUUAACAUUUGUGCAAAUGGCAGUGAGCAAGGUGGAGUGUUGCUUCUGGAGAAUCCAAAAGGUGAUAAUAAGCUGAACCUUGUAAAGCUGAAGAGCGUUAUUACCAGCGUAUUUGGUGUUAACAACACAGAGCUGUCAGUCUUCCAUGGCGAGACAGAAAUACAGAACCAAACUGACUUGCUGAAUCUCAGUGGGAGGACGCUGUGUGUGACCACGGGAGCAGCCCCCUCUGCUGUCAGCAUCCCCGGCACUCUCCUGUGUCAGUACAUCAACCUGCAGCUCCUAAACGCAGAGCCACAAGAGUGUCUAACGGGGACUGUGGGCACCCUCCUGCUUGAAAACCCACUUGGACAGAAUGGACUCACCCACCAAGGGCUUGUGUACGAGGCAGCCAAGGUGUUUGGACUGCGGAGCAGGAGGCUAAAGCUCUUCCUGAAUGAGACACAAACUCAAGAAAUCACAGAAGAUAUCCCAAUGAAGACUUUGAAUAUGAAGACUGUGUAUGUUUCUGUCUUGCCAACAACUGCAGAUGGCUAAUAGUUAUCAGUGUGCCCUCAGUCAGCUCUGCCCUGAAUUCUGCCCAUCUCUACACAUACACACAUGGGCUCAGUGAAGGUGUUUUCUUUGGGCACGUGUCUAAAAUGCUGCUUUGAACCCACAAUUCAGUUGGGAUUGCCUGACUUGAGACCUCACAUAACGCUCACACUUAAACACCUAUGCGGGCAUGUUGGGGGAGGGUCCUUAGGUUACCUCAGCACCACAGAGCUUAUUUCUCUACUAGAGUUCUUUAGUACAGAAAGUAGGAGUGGUUCAAAUGGCACAGUACAUAUACGUAUAUAUAUGGCCUUGUAAAACUGAUUGGAGAUCUUGUGAAGAAAUGGAUAUGUUAUAUAUUUCUGCUACCUGGAUUUUCCUAGGUAAUUUGAUGAAAUAUUUUAAGUUUGAUUAAAUCAAAACAGUAAACACUC